AAGUCAACCAAUCACAUUCACGGACUUAGCGUCGGGGGAAAUAUAUAGCGAGAGAAGAGUUGCUAAGGUUUGUGUGACAUCUUUGAUUCAUAACAGCGUGGAGCCAACUGCUAUUUGUAUUACAUUUUCAACGCAGGUCACAAAUAAAAAAGCACCAUGUCGGAGAGGAAAGCUGUCAUCAAGAAUGCUGACAUGAGCGAGGACAUGCAGCAGGAUGCUGUAGACUGCGCCACAGCAGCCCUCGAGAAGUACAACAUUGAGAAGGACAUCGCUGCAUACAUCAAGAAGGAGUUCGACAAGAAGUACAACCCCACAUGGCAUUGUAUUGUCGGUCGCAACUUUGGCAGCUACGUCACCCACGAGACCAAGCACUUCAUCUACUUCUAUCUGGGACAGGUGGCUGUUCUCCUCUUCAAAUCAGGAUGAACCUUCCUUCACAGCCUAUGGAGGUUCUACUUGUUUGCAUUGCUCCUGUAUUUUGGGCAUGUGCUUAACUCGCAAAGUAAAUCGACGAUUCUAUAUUGGAGGAAAACCAAAAGCUCAGCGCUGGAUCAAAGGGACCGUAUUGAAUCAGGAACUAUUGGAAAUACUGUUAUAGUGUACUUAGGCACAACAGUUGCAUGAUCUCUAGAACUGAUGCAGCUGUUUGUGUGCAUGUCAGCAUCGCAAACAUGGUGAAACAUUUAGUGUUGUGUCGAUGUGUAGCAACUAGUUGCCUGAAAUCUAAUCAAACCUCUUAGUCUACAGAUUUCAGCAAUGCCAAAGAAUUGUCAAAGCAUUUAGUGAAAUUUUACUGGUUUGCUGCACAUGCGGGUAAAGCAACGCCAUCCAACAUGGAUCUGUCAAUGUUCAUUAUAACAUUUAUUUCAGCAUUGUUUUAUAUUCUUAAAUAAAUUAUAUUUUGUUUGUAGAGUUCA